AUGGAAAGAAUCAAGGAGAAAAUGUCCGCUCUCCGCCUGGAGGCUGAUGAGGCCCACGAGCAGGUUGAGGAGCUCAAGGCCAAGGUCAAGACCCUAGAACAGGAGAACCUGGCGAAGGAGCAAGAGAUCACAUCCCUCACCCACCGCAACCAACUCCUUGAGGCUGAGGUGGAGAAGCUGGAGACAAGCGUAAAGGAGGCCAAGGAUGCCGCCAACCAGUCCGCCCAACACGACACUCAAAACGAAGCGCUUCAGCGACGUGUGCAGCUAUUGGAAGAGGAGAAUGAGGAGGCUGACCGGAAUCUGCGUGAGACAAACGAGAAGCUCCGUCAGACAGAUGUUAAGGCAGGUCAUUACGAACGUAAGGUCCAGGCUCUAGAAUCGUCCCGUGAUGAAUGGGAGAGCAAGUACGAGGAAAUGGCCAAGAAAUACGCAGAGUUGCAGAAGGAUCUUCACGAGCUAGAGGUCACUAUGAGCAGUGUCUAA